AGGUGCGCAGGCGCGGAGGGUGCGGCGCCGCAGCACACGGCGGGGGCGGGGCUUGGGCUCGGCAACGUUACAACUAGCUGCAGCUUUUGGCAGCGCCAUUUUGAAAGCGCUGUUGCCGCGGUUUGGGUGUGUGAAGCAGGAGUGAGGCGUCUGGUUCAGUUUAUCAACUUGCCCGGCUUCCUCUCCCAUCCUACGGACAACUUCCCCCCCCCCCCCCCCUUGACUUAUAGCAAAUUUAGGGGAGCGAUCAUGUUGCGAGGAAAUCUGAAGCAAGUGCGGAUUGAGAAGAAUCCGGCCCGCUUGAGGGCCUUGGAGUCGGCGGCAGGGGAAAGCGAGACGGCCGCUGCAGCUGCCAUGGCGCUCGCUCUGGCCGGGGAGCAGGCUCCGCCCCCCUCGGCACCUCAGGAGGACCACCAAGAGGAAGAGAUGGGUUUCACCAUCGACAUUAAGAGCUUCCUGAAGCCGGGAGAGAAAACCUACACGCAGCGCUGCCGCCUUUUUGUGGGAAACCUCCCCACGGACAUCACUGAAGAGGACUUCAAGCGGCUUUUCGAGCGCUACGGAGAGCCUAGCGAGGUCUUCAUUAACCGGGAUCGCGGCUUUGGCUUCAUACGUCUGGAGUCUAGAACUCUGGCUGAAAUUGCCAAAGCAGAACUGGAUGGCACUAUUUUGAAAAGUAGACCACUUCGAAUCCGAUUUGCUACUCAUGGAGCUGCCUUAACUGUCAAGAACCUUUCACCUGUGGUUUCUAAUGAGCUUCUAGAACAAGCAUUUUCUCAGUUUGGUCCUGUGGAGAAAGCUGUUGUAGUAGUGGAUGAUCGUGGACGAGCUACAGGAAAGGGGUUUGUAGAAUUUGCUGCAAAACCUCCAGCACGAAAGGCCCUUGAAAGAUGUGGUGAUGGAGCAUUCUUGCUAACCACAACUCCUCGGCCAGUCAUUGUGGAGCCCAUGGAACAAUUUGAUGAUGAGGAUGGACUACCAGAGAAACUAAUGCAAAAGACCCAACAGUAUCAUAAGGAGAGAGAACAGCCUCCCCGGUUUGCUCAGCCUGGGACAUUUGAAUUUGAGUAUGCAUCACGUUGGAAGGCACUGGAUGAAAUGGAAAAGCAACAGCGGGAGCAGGUUGACAGAAAUAUUAGAGAAGCCAAAGAGAAACUAGAAGCAGAAAUGGAAGCUGCUAGACAUGAACAUCAGUUAAUGCUAAUGAGGCAAGAUCUUAUGCGGCGCCAGGAAGAACUGAGACGCUUGGAAGAACUUCGAAAUCAAGAGCUUCAGAAACGAAAGCAAAUACAGUUGAGACAUGAAGAAGAACAUCGUCGUCGUGAAGAAGAGAUGAUACGUCAUAGGGAACAAGAGGAACUUCGAAGACAGCAAGAAGGAUUUAAACCAAACUACUUGGAAAAUAGAGAACAGGAAAUGAGAAUGGGUGAUUUGGGUCCCCGUGGAGCAAUAAACAUGGGAGAUGCGUUUAGCCCAGCACCUGCUGGUAACCAAGGUCCUCCUCCAAUGAUGGGUAUGAAUAUGAACAACAGAGGAACUAUACCUGGCCCACCUCUGGGUCCUGGUCCUGCCUUGGGACCAGAAGGAGCUGCAAAUAUGGGAACUCCAAUGAUGCCAGAUAAUGGAGCAGUGCAUAAUGACAGAUUUUCCCAAGGACCACCAUCUCAGAUGGGUUCCCCUAUGGGCAGUAGAACAGGUACUGAAACCCCUCAGACCCCAAUGAGUGGUGUAGGUCCUGUGAGUGGUGGUCCUGGUGGCUUUGGUAGAGGAAGCCAAGGGGGAAACUUUGAAGGACCUAACAAACGUCGCAGAUACUAAAGAAUCUUUCAUUCCUUGCAAUUUAGAGAGAAGAAAAUUCAAUGGUAUGCCUUUAUAAUUUUACCUGUUUUCUGAAAGAAAUGGUUUUAUUGUUAAUGUAGUCUUUUCAAAGUUUCUUUUGUAAAACCUGAAGUUUUUGUAUUUUUUUUCUUUAGUCAUACAUAAGCUUUGUAGUCUAGAGUGGAAAUGAUGAUGCUCAUCAUUGUGAAAGUCAAAUGUGUUUGUGACUUUAGCUGAAUAUAAACAUGCGAUCGUACUGUAAAACUUGUGCAGAUACUUGAUCUCAAUAAAGAAAUCACUUUGAAUAAUUUGAAAUACUAUUAGUAGUAUACUCCUUUAAAGUAUUACCAAACUUUGCUGUACUAAUAUCAUUUUGGUUGCUUUAACUUAAUAAUGCCAGCUAUUCAAAAAGCAGAAAGAUUUCGUGCUUUUUUACUUGUAAACUAGCAAGUAGUACUGGACUUUGCAAGAUAUGUGGUUAAUACCUGAUGUAUUGAAGAGUUGAAGGAUAGUACAACAUCUGAAGAUGUAUACAUUUGUGUAAACCAUUAAUGUUAUGUAAAAUCAAGGUUAUGCUGUCUGUGGUUUAAAAACUAGACUAGACCAGAAAUAUCAAGAAAAUCUUUAUCCUAUGUUUAAUUUUCCAAAUAAAUAUUUUGAUUCUUGGCUAAAGCUGCUUGAAGGCCAGUCUCCUUUGCCUUAUAUAGAUGAAUUCAGUUUUAGACUAGAAAAUAUAUUUGGAUCUGUAAUUAUUAAUUUUGUUAUUUCAAUAUAAAAACUUUAACGUUUGUUAAAAAGAAAUUGUGGACUUAGCUAAUAUCGUAAUUUCACCCCCACUCCCCAAACCAACCAAAUAAAAAAAGGUUUAGCUUUUGGAAAGGUGCAGGUUUGGGAAAUGUUAAGAUGGGAAUGGUUUUAAGAUUUGCAAUGAAAAUUUUCAAUUAGAUCUUUGAGUAGAUCAAACUGUUUAUUGAUAAAUGAAUGCACAUCAUUUCUUUUAUACUGCUGGGUACUGAGAGAAUUUAAUUUUGAGCAUUUUCCUUCAAGAAUGGCAGGUUCCUAAAUAAUGGUAUCCAAUAAUUUAAUAAAUAUACUCUCAUGAUAAAUUAUCUUGUUGUCUACGAAUACCUUCAGAUAUCCCUCGGAAAUUUUCAACUCUUACAUCAUCUUGUUAUUUAGAUCAUUUGCAAUUUUGUAAUCAAAUUUACAAAACUUGUCCUACUACAAAAUACUGACUACUUUCAUUUUAAAUUUAAAUAUUUACUUAAAUAGUAAAUUUACAACUGCUUAGUUUCUUGCAAAACAACUUUUUCAUGUGUUACUGAUACACAUUUAGAAUGAUUUUUUUUACCUCUGGAAAAAAAUUAAGUUUAGGGAAUAACAAAUUAUUUACCAAGAAAUUCUAAUCCAUUAUCUAUUGGCCUUUAUUUCAUGAUAUUUUGCAAUGUAUCAUAUCAGUGUAUUGGGUGGCCCAAAAAUCUUAAAGUAAUUUUAAUCUAUUAAAAUGUAAGCAUUUUUAGCCAUCCUUUAUAGCAGUUUUGGAAAUGAAAUUAUUUCCUCAAAUUGAUUCUUCAUAUGAUUUAAACUUUAAGCUGACUUUUUGGAAGAGGUCUAAAAAUUUUUAUUUUUUAGUUUAAUGAGUAAAAACGAUGUACUUGACACACAUUGCUCUUGUACUCUGAACUAUACUCAGUAAUUAGAAAUUGUCAUAUUCUUUUCUUUAUAUUCAGACAUAAGUAGUUGAAGUUUUUUUCUCUUUUAUGGUAAGGUGCAGUAGAACUUUUUGCACACCUUUGUCUGGCAAUUAUUUGAACAUAUUCAAUGGAGAAUAAAUAUAUGUGAUGCUAGCCAAAUAUGUUUUAAUACCAUUUGGGUUACAUUUUUAAUGUGUGAAGAAAAGGCAGUUAUUUACUGUAGAAAUUUCUUUUUAAAAGCUUUAUCUUAGUUAUAACAUAGUACUCUUACAGUAACACAUACUUUAUUGUUUGCAUGCAUUUGUUAUAUCCGUAGGCGAUUUUGUGAGUCUUAUUUUAUUUCAAACCUGAUAUAGGGUGGGAAAAAAUUUUGUUCUUGGCUAUUAAGUACCAGGCCAGACUGGGUGCCACUUUUGAGAUUCUGUAUGAUUUGAUCAAGAACACUUGACAAGCCAGUGCAAAAAGUGGGUGUUACAUCUCCUGAACAUCGUAAUGUCUGGGCUCAAGUAUGGCUUCCGGAGUAGAGUUCUUCACAGCCUGUGGCCCUUCACGGAGAAAGUCCUUCUUCAAUUCUUUCCAAGUUUAUCCUGGGGACAGUCUGCUUCUGAGUACCAGUCCAGUGGAACAGCCAUGAACUUUUAGUUUAUGCAAUUUUAGGAUCAUUACCCACUUCCUUGUAUAAUUGAACAGCUUUAUUGUUAAAUUUUUAUCUUCCUGAAUUAGUAAAAUGUGUCGAAUUAAGGACUUAUUUUGUCUGCCUUUGUCUUUUAGUUGCAAGAAGUGAUAGUAUAGAAAUAGAAAAUUUAGUAAUGUUAAAGUGUCACUCGAAUUUGUUAUCUGCUGCCAAAAUCCCAUUCUUCUUACUAAAGAAGAUAUAAAUCAAAUUUUGGCAUCGUGUGGCAGUUUCUUUUCUUUUUUGUAUAGUUUGUAAUAGUUGUGUUUUAAAGUUUGAAAUACUCAGCUUUUUUACAUUUUGUAAUAAUUAACAUGGUCAAAAUAAACAUACAUCCAUUCUUCUCACUUUUAUUUUAGGUGGAAAAA